GUGUACCCGGUAGGUAACUACACCUUUGGGUCCAAGCCGCCCAAGUUUGAGAAGGACUCGUCCGUGACGCAGCGCUUGGAGCGCCUCAAGGAGAAGUAUGCACGCGAGGGCCUGCGGCGAUCCGUGGAGGCAGUGCUGGUGGUGCACGAGCACGGCCAUCCGCACGUGCUGGUGCUGCAGAUGGGGGCCUCCUUCUUCAAGCUGCCCGGCGGGCGGCUGCGGCCUGGGGAGGACGAAGCUGAGGGCAUGCUGCGCAAGCUGCACAGCCUGCUGGCGCCGCCGGCUGAAAAUAUGCGGCCCGACUGGCGGGUGUCCGACCUGCUGGGCACGUGGUGGAGGCCCAACUUUGAAAACAUGAUGUACCCGUACUGUCCAGCCCACGUGGCCCGCCCCAAGGAGGUCAAGCGCCUCUUCCUCAUCGCCCUGCCAGAGCGCUGCUACCUGUCGGUGCCCAAGAACAUGCGCCUGGUGGCUGUGCCGCUGUUUGAGCUGUACGACAACAUCUCCCGCUACGGCCCCGUCAUCUCAUCCAUCCCCGCCCUGCUUUCCCGCUUC